GAUACACAGAGGUUUAGUUUAGAUAAGAGCUGUUACCAGUGGUUUGCUGCUGUUGUGUGAGCUUAAAGAGUGAUAGGAGAUACUGAUACGAUCCUGUGUUUGGACUUGAUGUGAAUCUGUGAAGUUUUAAAGCACCAGGCUGCAUUCCCUAUAUCUGUGCCCCCCUCCAUGGCUGCCGACGACUACAAUCCUGUCUCCCUCCGUCACAAAUCCAAGAGGAAGACUCGAGGAGGCAAUGGUACAAUGAGCAGGAGAAGGAUCUCGGUCAAAGAGCUGGGUCAGCCGGACCAUCAGGGCUGGCUGUACAGGAAGAAGGAGAGUAAAGGCUUCCUGGGUAUCAAAUGGAAGAAGUACUGGUUUGUGCUGAAGAAGACGGCUCUCUACUGGUACUCCAACCAGCUGGCAGAAAAGGCUGAAGGCUACAUUGACCUCACCAACUUCAUGAUUGACAGAGCCAUAGAGUGCAAGAAGAAACAUGCGUUCAAAGCUUGCCACCCACAGGUCAUGAUGUUCUAUUUUGCUGCUGAGAGCCACGAGGAGAUGAACUUAUGGUUGAAUAAACUCGGGCUAGCCUCCAUUCAAUAUGAGCCAACAGAACGAAGCACUGCAGUCGAGUGUUAUAGUGAAGCCAGUGACCAUGAAGAAGCUGAAAGCACAGAGAUCCCCCCUCCACCAUACUCUGAACAAACCCUGCGGGACUCCGUGGAUGCAUCCGGUCCACCUGGAAGCACGCAUCAGGGUACCCUUCCUCCCCCCUACUCCUCAGCAGUCCCCAGCGAAGCCAACGGUUCACUCUCGUCCCCCGUCAGUACGAUGACAUCACAGAGCUCCUCCUCGUCGCUCGCCAAGCAGCGGCAGUCCUGGCUGGACCUGGUCUCGCAGGCAUCCCCUCCUGCUGGGGAGACAGCAGUGGUGUGCUCAGUUCAAGUACACUCGCAUCAACCUCCGCACGAGGAGACGGAAGAAGAGGAUGACUCCCAGGUGUUGGAGAGCUCGUCUCAUCAGGACCCGUCGGAAACAGAGUCCAAUGAGGAAAGCCCUGCUGCGGAGGGGGAGGCACAGAGGGUGGUUUCAGGUGCUGGAAGUGAAGGGGAAUGUGGGAACAGCUCAGAUGAGAUGGAGAAGCUGUAUAUUCAUCUAAAAGAGGCCAGCCUCUCGCCAAUAGGGGAUCGGAAACCAUCCACGAAAAGGGAAUUCAGGGCCUCCUUCGUAAAACGCUGUAAAAACCAGACUGUCAAUGAUCGACUGCACCUUAUCAGGACUCUCAACAGCACAUUAAAGUCAAAGGAGGCAGACCUACAGGCAAUAGAGCAGGUGUUGUCGGACCCAGGGUUGACCUCAGGCAAGUUCAGAGAGUGGAAGGAGGCCAAUGCACCUUUGGUGCAGGAGAUCUGUGCCAAACAGGACCAGCAGGUGGCAUCAGAGGCCACAAAAGCUGCAGCAUCAGUCAUUGCUGCUCCUGUGGUGGAAACCAGUUUAUAAAGACUCCUGAUGACUGAUUUUACUGUGUCUGGACUCGGAGGAUUUCACACCCACAUACCUUGGACACACACAGACUACUGUUCCAUAUCAUCAGACUUUAAGUGCUGUUCAACAAGUAACUGGAUCAAUGAAGAAGAGCGUUUUUAGUUCCUAAAUGGAGAUGAUGCAGGCAUUAUAUGAUUAGCAGGUCACAUAAAAUGUGAAAUGUGUCUUAGUAUUACUUUUACUGUUUAAUUUGUAAGAUUAGCAAAUUUUGCAGAUUGUUUUUAUGUUGUAAUUCUGUAAACCUAUGCAUAAACUGUUUUAAUAAUUGGAACAACGGAGUACAUUGUAAUAAUGGAUCCAUUGUUCUCUGCAUGGAAACACUUGUUUUUACGGUAUGUUUUAUCGACUUUGAUUUCGUCAGAAGUGAAUACUUUUUAACUGUUGUUGUUCAGUCGAUUAUUGGUGCCAUGCAUCAUCACUGCCUGUUACACAUGUGUUUUCCAGCAACUAUUUUGAAUUACUGGUCCGUGUUGUUCGCCUUAGAAAUUGUCAAACUUAGCGUCAAGACUUUAUAAACUGAACACCAGGGCCUGCACUAACAGAAUAAAAGUUGGUCAUGAUAAUUUCAGAUUUAAAUUUUUAAGAGUCAGUGUGAAAUCAUUGUUACCAGAGUAAUUUAAAGCCAAUAAAUAAAAAAAAUCACUUCUUUUUCAGUUGAAACUGUAAUGUAAUUAUGUAAUAUACUUCAUGAAAACAAACUUUUCUAAGAUGAAGAAUUCCAACCUUAAUGCAAACAUGCUAUGGAGUUUUUUUUUUACCACAAAUAGUGACAAUAACAGACAUCUUAAUUUAUAUUUUAGUGCAAAUGUGAUAAAGACUUUAUCACUAACCAAUACCAAUGGUCUUUACAGUCUAUUGGACUUAAGACAGGAUGUAGCAGUAUUAGUUUGCAUUUAAACCUAGGAUGCAUGGUUGAUAAUUCUCAGGAUAAAAAAAUAAAUAUUGUUCUUUGAGGCAGACCACCCUAGGCCCUUUAUAAACAAGACUCUACUAGUUACACAUACACAAAUGAUUAGGAAGUCAUUCAGAUACAGACAUCGGGCAUUAUGUGACUGAGCAGAGCCACAGGUUUAGAAAAAGGCCAGCAGACUAUUAACCUGCUGGUAGGGGCCCAACCAAGGAUCGGGCACAAAGACAUUUUUUUUUCUGAGUUAUGUUUCAUCUGAUGUGCAUAUUAAAUAAUAGCUCAGUGUAAAUAGCUGUAAAUUAAAGUGUGAUGUCAAUUCUCUUUGUUGUAGAUUCUGGUAUGAAAGUCAGUGUGCUUGUUUGUUUACAGGGAAAUAAAGUGUUAAUACAAGACUGA